AUGGUAGAUGAUAAUGACAUUCGGAUAAUUGUCGAUUGUAAACAAGAGACGGGAACAAUGUUAAGUUCUACUAAUCAUGAUUACAAUUAUGUUGAAUUAGAAGAUAUAACAGAUGAUGAAUACCAAAUCGAUGAAAAACCACAUCAGAAAUUCUUAAUAACAUCCACUCGAACAAUAUCUGUUCCUAACAUUGAUAAUAAUUAUGAUAUUGAAAUUAAGAAUGUAAAUCAGGAGAAAGAAAAUUCAAGUAUAUCAGAAUUAUUAGAAGCGAACAGAACAACAGCUAAUAAUAAUUACAACGAUAUAUUAUCAACAGUAAAAAAUGAUUUUAAUGUCAAACAAAUACCAACACAAAACAUGUCUUUGAAUAAAAAUAACAAUGUGAAAAAUAUUCUCGAGACAAUUUCAUCACCUUUAAAUAACAGUACAAUAAAAAAUAGUGAAAAUAAUAUCUUAUCAACGUCUAUUGAGACAAAUGGAGCAAUUAAAUUUCAAAAAUUAACGACAGAAAAUAAUUUCGUUCAAUUUAUGACCAAUGAAGUAAUUACAAAUAUGAAGUUGGAUAAUAUUAAUUCAUUACAUAAACGAAUGAUACCAGAACUAAAUUUAUCUAAUUCUUCUCCAUUAAUUGAAACAUCAGAUAUCACCGGUGUUAAAGAUAAUAAUGAUCUGAGAGAAAUAUCGGAUGAAGAUUGUUUAAGAGAACUUGAUGAGAAUGAUAUGAACGAUGAAUUUAUUUUAUUAUCUUAUACAACACAAAAUGAUCAAGAAGAUGAUUCGAGUGACAAUAAUGUAAAUAGUCAUACUUUAACGUCACAUAAUCGAUUAUACACAUUCUCACGUCCGGGAAACGAUAAACAUUUGAUGAAACAACAAUCAAUAACAAGUGGAACGACAAACAAUAAACAGGAGGUCAUGUCGUCAUCUCAUGCACAACAACAAUUAAUAGAUGAAGAUGUACUAGAUUUGACUCAUAAUCGAACAUCUCUGAUAGAAACUACAACAAAUAGUCAAUCGAUAAAUAUGACAGAAACAAAACAACAAUCUGAAACAUUACAAGAUGAUUUAUUAUUACGUAAUUUUACGUUUAAUCCUUCGUAUUUAAAUAUGCGUCGAUGUCAUUCAGAAACAGAGAAAAAUGACGAUACAGUUGUUGUAAUUAAUGAUAAAAAUGAUCAUCAAGAUUUUUUUCCACGUUAUCGUUCGAAAAUUCGUCGACGACAAUAUUUAAUUGGUACCUAUUAUGAUGGUUAUCGAAGUGGUAAUUGGGCAUUAGGAUUAUCCGUUUCUUGGCUUCUCAGCCCACAUCGUCAUCCACAACUGAAUCCAAAUUCUGUUGACAGAGUGAAUUGGUUAAAUUUAUGUUCAGCAACAAACGAAAGAAAAUCGGUUAAAAAUCUAUUAAAUAACGAUGAAUCAAAGCCAAUUGUUACACCAUUUGAACAAAAUAAAUCGUUAAUUAAAACGAAAGUAUUAGAUGAAAAUCUCGUUAAUGAGUUGAGACGUUUUUUGACAUUUGGAAAUAAAGAUAAUCUAUCAAUUAACAGAAGAACAUUAUAUUCAGAACACGAAACAAUAGAUGAUGAUCAACGUUGGCAAUGGGGUUCGAAACCAACACGAUCCAUUUUAAAAAGUUUACAAGAAGUGCCAUCUCCAACGAAACAUACGUCAUUACCCAUUAAAUAUGAAUCUAAUGAUUACGAAGAAAAUACAAUUCAUCAUCACAGAACGACUGAAAAACGCAUUUAUAAAAAGAAUAUCAUCGAACUGGCUAAUGAUGACGAAUAUUCACAUUUUCAUUAUAAUGGAAUUUACCUUCCAGAAAUUCGACAUGAUUCGGGUUAUUCGAGCCAGUAUGAACGAUCUCAUUUACAACAAAUAAAACUUGAGAUUCCCCAUAAUUAUAAUGAAUAUUUAACAACAUUUGAAUUUGAUCGAUUUGCCGAUUUUACACCAACCCCGACAACAUCAUUAAAUAUCGAUAGCGAUUUUCUUGAACCAAUUGUCACCGAUCCGCAUUUAUUAAAAAAUCUUUCACCUAUCGUCAGUCCAUCAUCUGUUUACUAUUCUAAACCGCUUCCAUUCAUAUCAUCAAAAACGAUGUUAAACGAAAAGCUAGUCAUACGUGAUAAUAAUAAUAAUAAUAAUAAUAAUAAUAAUACAAACGUUCACCCACUAUUAGAAAAUGAGUUUGAUAUGCCUCUACUUAACCUACCACCACCCGUGCCCGAUCGAUCAUUAAAGCCCGCUCAUCUUAGACCGAAACCCGGUCGUCUAAUUGAAAUACCUACACGUAAACAUCAAAUACGACAAACAUCCUCCGAUGGAGUAUCCACAUGGUCUGUUACAUCAUCUAUAUUAACGAACAAUAUAACUUCGUCCAUUGAUGACAGCAGUUUUCGAACAUCGACACCACAACAAAGUGAAAACCAGUUUGAACGAUAUAAUACACUACGAAAAUUAUUAACAACAACAGCAGACUCUAAUCCGCCUACACCCACUCCUAAUUCAUCUGAUUUGGGAACCACUAGCAUUGUUUCACAUAUAAUUUCGCAUACACCAAUAGCUCCAAAACCUCGUCAAAGUCUGUUAAAUAAACAGAACGCAUUUCUGACCGAUAAUACGAAUUCAUCUGCAACAUUAAUCUAUAGUAUUCCGAAAAGAACGCAAAAUAACAGCAAUUUAUCUCACCCAAUCGACGCUAUUGCCAAUGCAUCACUACUUGACAGUACGGACGUAAAUUGGAAAAGAGAUAGUUCAACGUCAUUCAAGAAAUCUGAUAUAUUAACAACAAUUAGUAAUUCAUUAACACAACAAGAUACGCUAGUUAAUAGUCAACGGUUAUAUAGUAGUCGACAUUAUUGUGGUGGGCUAACAGCUGAUGAUAAUAAUAAAUUAACAAUGUCUUCGAAUAGAAAAUUAUCUGAUGAAUUAAAACCAACAAUAAUUACGUAUCAAGAAAAACCCUAUUAUUCAUCACAACAAACGCGAUCAUCUUAUGAGAAUCGACGUAAAGCAAAUGCAUUUGCUUGCUUAUCAAAUGUGAGUUCAACAUCAUCUGAAAAAUUGAAUUCAUCAAGGAAACGUUCAAUAGAUAAUGAUUUUCAACAACCGUUUGAUGAGGCGACAAAUGGUUUAGCAAUUCGUUUUUCGAUUAAUGAAAUUACCACAGAAGAAAAUAAAAAACCAGUUUUACGUCACACAAGAUCGAAUGAUCAACAAUCGAAUCCAAGUGUACUAACAUUUGAAAAACAAAAAUCACUUAAUGGAAGUGUAAAAAGACGUUCUCAACCAUCAAAUUCUAUCAAUUCAAAAUCUCGACUAAUCAGAAAUCAAAGUCCAGAAAGAUUUCGCAAUAAAAAGGAUUCACGUCGAUCGUCGUAUUAUGAAACAUCUGUUUAA